AUGGUCAGUGGUCAGUCACAGUCAGUGGUGCGUCAGUGCCACAGUGAUAAGCGCCACGACACUCACUCAACACUCGCCGACAGAACACGGUUGUUAAAAAUGAAAGUGUGGAUUGUCUUGAUGCUGCUCUCGGUCUGUCUGUGUGAUGCCAAAACACGCAGAGACACAUACCUGUCAGCCUACAUGGAGUCUCACGGGCCCGGUGCCGGCGAGGUCUAUGGGGCCCCCAGUGCCGACUAUGGGGCCCCCAGUACAAACUAUGGGACACCCGCUACGGGCUACAACUAUGGGGCCCCCGCUGCUGAGCCCCACGCCGCCCCUGCCAACCCUCUAGACCCCAUACAUGCCAAGGCCGUGCUGCUGUUCAAGGUCCUCCUCAAAAUUCUCAUCUUCAAAUUGAUAGUUAAGUUCAUCGCCAUCAUCUGUGUUCUCUUCUUCCUCCCGAAACUGUCUGAAGUUGGGAUUGCCAAAGAGGAAUCAAGGAGGAUAUACGAGAAAGGUCCGGACAGAGACAACCUGAUGUUGACACAGUUUGUCUUGGAUGCUAUAUCAGGAGCGCCAGUGACGGCUAGGGUGUGUAGGACCGAGGACUCAGCGACCUGCAUACUACUACGCUCUCUGCGUAAACUAGACACUACCUACACCUUCCACAGACUGUACAAGAUGUAUUACAAAGAGGAAAGUGGUAGACUAAGGAAAAAGCAUCUUCAAUCUUCAUAG